AUGGGUAGGAUUCCAAAAGGCUUGGCAAUUCAACUACAUAAAGUUUCUGGCCAGUCAAGUAUUGACUUUGUCCUAAGAUGGAGCAAAGAAGAUUAUGGGCUAGUAUCGACGAACCAGCGCAUGCUUCAGGCAGUUGUUUCUCAAGACCUGAUCAAUACAAAGACGAAACAGGCACCUGUCAACAAGACAUUUGAUCCGAACAAAUCAAGCAAACGAAGAGUCCGAAGGGGAUGGGAUCCCAUUCACAACAGGUCUUGA